AUGUCCGUAACUCCGCCCGUGGGAGGGCAGCUGCUUGUGAAGGGCGGGGCGCAGUAUGAAGCGCCCGACAAGGUGGGAGUGGCGGGCAUGAUGGCAGCGGUGCAGCGCAGUGGGGGCACGCAGCAGUACCCAGAGGAGCACCUCGACGACAAGCUUGAGGCAAUGGCGGCGUCCAUAGAGACGUCAGCGGGCACGUCAUCGCUCUCAGCGUCCUUCCGCUGCCUGCAAGAGGACGCCCCCGCCCUCCUCCCACUGCUCCGCGAUGUGGUGCUGGCACCGCUGCUACCGGCGUCCAAGCUGGCCUUCUCGCGCACACAGCUGCUCGGCUCCAUCGCCCGCCGCAACGACGAUCCAGGGCGGGUGGCAUCAAGGGAGCUGCAGCGCCUGCUCUACAGCCCCGCCUCCCCGCGCGGCCGCUACCCCCUCGCUGCUGACGUCGCCCGCAUCUCCCUCGCCGACCUGCGCGCCUUCCACGCAGCUUCCUACAGCGACCCAUCGCAGGCGGUGCUGGGAGUGUGGGGCGACUUCGAUGCGCGCAGCAUGAGGGACCUGCUGGAAGACACCUUCCUCGCCUGGCCCGCUGCCCCCGCCUCCCCUGCCCGCCGCACUGCCAAGGGGCGCCCUGUGCCGUACUGGGGCCCGGAGGAGGGAGCAGCGGGCAGUGCGGCAGGCGUGUAUGUGGUGGACCGACCAGGGCUCACCCAGAGCAUAGUGCGCGUGGGCGAGUUGGGCAUGAGCAUCAGCGACUCCGAUGUGUUUGCACUGGACGUGCUCAACGCCAUCCUCAACGCCUUCGGUGCCCGCCUCUUCGACCAGGUGCGGUCAAGGGAGGGUCUGGCAUACUCGGUGUCGGGCUCGUGGUCGCCAGGCGUCGACCACCGGGGGGCGUUUGUGGGAGGGGGGGAGACGAGGGCGGAGGCAGUGGGGCAGUUCAUCACAGCGGUGCAGCGCGUGCUGGGGGAGGCCACGCUGCUGCCACCCUCACCAGGUGAACCUGCCCUUGCCACUGCCUGCUCGCCUCCCUCCACUUCCUGCGUGCUGCAGUACCCUCUUCCAAUGUCACCUGAAGUGGUGCAUUUCCUGGCGGUGCCCCUGUGGUGCGGUGCCACUGUGUCGUGCUGUGCAGGCGAGCUACAGGAGGCCAAGGACCGAGUGCUCAACUCCUUUGUCUUCAACUUCGCUGACAGUGGAGCGCAGCUGAGUCGCAUAAUGACGUACGCGCUGUUCGGAGUCGAUCAGGACUUCAUAUUUGAGUUCAAGCGCCGUAUGGAAGCACUCACACCCGACGCCGUGCUGGCAGCGGCGCAGCGCCGCCUGCACCCCACAGAACAGCCCAUCGUGGUCGUUGCGGAUGCUGCUGCCGUCAUGCCCCAGCUCUCUGCCCUUGGCCUGCCCGUCAUCCGCAUCGACCCCGUCUAG